ACACCGGAGGAACACAUUCUAACAACCAACCUGUAGGGUAAAGCAGAGGCUCGCGGCUGUCAAAUUUGAAAUUAGAAUACCGUAAAAGUUUAAAGUUCGUACUGGCCGGUGAGAAGUGUGGUACGGAAAGGAUUAAGAAUAAACGUGUAACGAUGGCGCAACAUCUCACGGCUCUGGCAGUCAUUAUUCUGCUGAUCACACAGGGGAUCAGCGCGAAACGGGGGUGUUCAGCUUUUGGACAUUCCUGUUUCGGCGGCCACGGCAAGAGAUCCGGAGACAACGCUGGUAUUGAGACCCAAAACGGUGACAACCCUAACUACCGUCGUCAGCUCGGGCAGGAGGAGACCCCCCCGCACCCCGGCUACCCGCGCUCCGCCCCCGCCCCGCUGUCACCCGGGGACGACAUCAUCCCUAUCCGGGACGGCGGCGUCUAUGACCACGACGAGAACAACGCCAUGAAGGAGUACAUGAAGUUCAGACUCAGGAGUAUCGUGAAACACUGGAUGGAUAACUACAGGCGGACCCAGCAGAGCGGCGACGAUGGCUUCUACGUCGGAAAUUUGUAAAUUAACUUAUAAAAUUAUUAAAAAUAUCGUUGCAGAACACUAUGUUAUACUGAACCUGACCUGUGCCGCGAUACCUCCCUAAGUACCUAUCACUUGUUUUUGUCAAGUAUACAUUUCUGCUUAGUUGCAAAGGUAUACACUAUAGAUUCCUGG